UUACAGGACUCCUAAGCUUCCCCUGACCCUCAAGAAUAAGAAAGGAUUUGCCUAAUUAUGACUAAAUGAUUAGCUGAUGCCUCAAGUCUACUGUCACAUGGGUCUGCAGUGGAGCUUUUAGAAAAGUGCGUGAAUUCCUGACGAAGAUGAAACCCAGUCAAGCAUAAGUGCUGUGAGGGUGAAGAUUCCCUGGAAGAACCAAAGCAGCUGACUCCAGAACCUGUCUGGGAUUCUUCCUACAGAGCAGGGGCCACGGUGAACAAGAGCGUGGGAUUCGAAACCAGCAGGCAGAAAGAACACUACAAUUUUGGCCUCGUACCUAUUAGAUGUGUGAUUGAGCAGAAACAGAAAUGUUGUCCUCAGCAAAGCCAGACUUACCUGUCCCACUGACUGACUUGAAGAUUCAGUACACUAAGAUCUUCAUCAACAACGAAUGGCAUGAUUCCGCGAGUGGCAAGAAAUUUCCGGUCAUUAAUCCUGCAACUGAGGAGAAAAUCUGUGAGGUGGAGGAAGGGGAUAAGGCAGAUGUUGACAAAGCAGUGCAGGCCGCAAGACAAGCCUUUCAGAUUGGCUCUCCAUGGCGCACUAUGGAUGCUUCGGAGAGGGGCCACCUCCUAUACAAGCUGGCUGACUUAAUUGAAAGGGAUCGUCUGCUGCUGGCAACGAUGGAGUCCAUGAAUGCCGGGAAAUUAUUUUCUAAUGCAUAUCUGAUGGAUUUAGGAGGCUGCAUAAAAACACUGCGCUACUGUGCAGGCUGGGCCGACAAGGUCCAGGGCCGCACCAUCCCCAUAGAUGGAGACUUCUUCACUUACACAAGACAUGAACCUGUUGGAGUGUGUGGUCAAAUCAUACCUUGGAACUUCCCAUUGGUUAUGCUGAUGUGGAAGCUAGGACCCGCCCUCAGCUGUGGAAACACAGUGGUGGUCAAACCUGCAGAACAAACUCCCCUCACUGCUCUUCAUGUGGCAUCCUUAAUUAAAGAGGCGGGUUUUCCUCCCGGGGUGGUGAAUAUUGUCCCUGGCUAUGGGCCCACCGCAGGGGCCGCCAUCUCCUCACACAUGGACGUGGACAAGGUGGCCUUCACAGGGUCCACAGAGGUUGGCAAACUCAUCAAAGAAGCUGCGGGGAAGAGCAACCUGAAGAGGGUCACGCUGGAGCUGGGGGGCAAGAGCCCCUGCAUUGUGUUUGCUGACGCUGACUUGGACAAUGCUGUUGAAUUUGCACACCAAGGUCUAUUCUACCACCAGGGACAGUGUUGUGUAGCCGCAUCCAGGCUUUUUGUGGAAGAAUCCAUUUAUGAUGAGUUUGUUCGAAGGAGCAUUGAACGGGCUAAGAAAUAUGUUCUUGGAAAUCCUCUGACCCCAGGUGUGAACCAAGGCCCUCAGAUUGACAAGGAACAGUACAAUAAAAUUCUGGACCUCAUCGAGAGUGGGAAGAAACAAGGGGCCAAGCUGGAGUGUGGCGGAGGCCCCUGGGGGAACAAAGGCUACUUCAUCCAGCCCACUGUGUUCUCCAACGUGACCGACGAGAUGCGCAUUGCCAAAGAGGAGAUAUUUGGACCAGUGCAGCAAAUCAUGAAGUUUAAGACCUUAGAUGAAGUGAUCAAGAGAGCAAACAACACCACCUAUGGCUUAUCAGCAGGAAUCUUCACCAAAGACCUGGACAAAGCAGUGACCGUCUCCUCCGCUCUGCAGUCUGGUACAGUGUGGGUAAAUUGCUAUAGUGUGGUAUCUGCUCAGUGCCCCUUUGGUGGAUUCAAAAUGUCUGGAAAUGGAAGAGAACUGGGAGAAUAUGGUCUCCAUGAAUACACAGAGGUCAAAACUGUCAUAAUGAAAAUCUCUCAGAAGAACUCAUAAUCCACAAGAAUGGGGAGAGGAUUCUUCAAUCACUUAGCAUCUCCUAUAGUCACCAGUUUAGUGGAAUUUAAAUAUGAAUUUUUUUCAGAAUUUUUUAAACAUACACUAAUUGUAGUAGUCUUAAUACUGAACAUCAGCUUGUAGCUUCUUGUAAACGAAUCGUUUGGCUUUUUACAUGUGACCCCCAAAUCCUAUCCUGUAUGAAAUGGAUAGAAUUGGAUGUGAGAUCUCUCUAGUUUUGUCACAACUGUGUGCUUUUCUUUAUUCUGAGGAUAAUCAUUUUAUAGUACAGGCCCAGUAGUCAUUUAGCCUUUUUCCCUUAAUGAUUCUUUGAAGUACUUCCUGUUCGUGUUAACUGCUGAAUAAAGUGCUCUGUUUCCAGCACUUACGACGUCCACGGAGCGCCUUGAAAUGUUUCCUGGAAUGCCAUGUCCGCUUGUCAAAUGAAAUUCUUAACUGUACGCUGACUACGCAGCUGAAUAAAACCCUUGCAUGAAUCGUA